AGCCCUUUGAAUGUGGUUGUGAUGAGAUCCUGGUGUACCAGCAGGAGAACCCCUCAGUGACUUGUGAUCAGGUUGUUCUGCUUGUUAAGGAAGUUAUCAAUAGGAGGUGUCCAGAGAUGGCCUCCAACAGCCGCACAUCCUCAACAGAAGCUGUGGCAGGCAGUGCCCCACUCUCCCAGGGAUCUUCUGGGAUUAUGGAGUUGUAUGGUUCUGAUGUAGAGCCACAGCCCAGCUCUGUGAAUUUCAUAGAAAACCCACCAGAUCUCAAUGAUUCCAACCAAGCACAGGUGGAUGCCAACAUAGACCUUGUCAGCCCAGAUAGUGGGUUGGCCACCAUUAGGAGCAGCCGUUCAUCCAAGGAGAGCUCAGUUUUCCUCAGUGAUGACAGUCCAGUGGGAGAAGGUACCGGGACUCAUCACAGCCUCCUCCCAGGGUUUGACUCCUAUAGUCCCAUUCCUGAAGGGGCAGUAGCUGAGGAGCAUGCACGGUCUGGAGAACAUGGUGAACACUUUGACCUCUUCAACUUUGACCCAGCGCCCAUGGUUUCUGGCCAGUCCCAGCCAUCUUCUCAUUCUGCGGACUACUCCCCAGCAGAUGACUUCUUCCCCAACAGUGAUUCAUCAGAAGGACAGCUCCCCACUGAGCCUAAAGGACUUGACAGGAUGGGGACCAGCAUGUCUAAUUAUUCAUCCAGUUCACUUUUGUCAGGGGCUGGCAAAGAUAGCCUUGUGGAAUUUGAUGAGGAGUUUGUCCAGAGGCAAGAAAGUCCUGGGGAUAACUCCGAAAGAAAUUUGAAUCUGACAGAUUUUGUGCAAGAUGAAUCUCCUUCACUAGAAAGACCAAGAAAUAUUGGAAAGAGAAUCCCACCAACACCUAUGAAUAGCUUUGUGGAAAGCUCACCAUCCACUGAAGAACCAGCUCUACUUUCUCCAGAAGAUAUGACCCAAAAUGCAAUUGACACAGGCCCCACAGAGCCACCUCAGACCCGUGUGCGAUGCAGCAGCUGGUGGGGUGGUUUGGAAAUUGACUCUAAAAAUAUUGCAGAUGCAUGGAGUUCCAGUGAGCAGGAAUCUGUCUUCCAGAGCCCAGAAUCCUGGAAAGAUCAUAAGCCAAGCCCAGUUGAUAGGAGAGCCUCAGAUUCUGUAUUUCAACGGAAGAGUCUCGAAUUUCCAAAGUCAGAUCCCUGGGAGACUGAAUUUGGACCUCCGGUACUGGGUAGCAAUGGCAUUGAAAGUCAGACUGAGGAAAGCUUGCAGCUUCAGAACUUGCCCACUGAGAACUCCCAUUUGCCAAACACUUCUCCUCAGGGAACAAACCACCUGAUAGAAGACUUCACUGCUUUGUGGCGUUCCGAUCGAUCUCCCACAGCAAUGCCUGAGCCGUGGGGAAAUCCCACAGAUGAUAGCGAACCAGCUGCUGCAGGGUCAUUCCCUGCCUGGAGUGCAUUUGGUAAAGAACACAACACUGGAGCUUUGAAAAAUACCUGGAAUCUGCAUCCAAUGAGUCGUGAGACCCCUUCUGUGAGGGACCCGAAUGAGUGGGCCAUGGCCAAAAGUGGAUUUUCUUUCCCUUCACAAGACUUAGUGGACAAUUCUUCCAGAGAACCAAGUGAAGAAGCAGCUCCCGAAAUCUGGGGGAAGAAGAACCGUGACCCCAGGGAUAAAACCCUUCUAUCUAGAAAUCCCUGUUCCAGUUUGGAUCAAGCAUGGAAUAGUUGUGAGCCACCAAAGGAAGAUCAGAAUGGUUUGGUGGAUCCUAAAAUUAGGGGGAAGGCAUAUGAAAAGGUAGAUUCUUGGAACCUUUUUGAGGAGAGUAUCAGGAAAGGAAGAUCAGAUAUCCUAGCAACUUGGGAAGAUUCUUUCUUAUCAUAUAAAUGCUCUGACUACAGUGCCUCCAACAUCUGUGAAGAUUCAGCGGCUUCCCCCUUAGAUACCAACUACUCCACCUCUGACUCUUAUACAUCUCCAACAUUUGCUGGAGAUGAAAAAGAAACUGAAAACAAGCCGUUUGAUAGAGAGGAAGGCUUUGAAUCAAAAGAUGCUAACUCUGCCGUGAAGGAGGCUGAAAUACCUCCUCAAUCACCACAGGAGCCACUUAGAAAUCGAAUUAGCUCAGGUCCUGGGAGCCUAGAAAUGUGGGCUUUACCUCACACAAAUAAUAGUUCUGAUAUAAAUGCUGCUCAUGACCCAAAUUUGCUCCCUAAAGAGCCAACAGAUAUGCUCCCAACAGAGCCAAUGGAUAAAAACAUAGAAGAUGAUGUUGGGGAGAGCAGCCAGUCCAGUUAUGAAGACCCCAGGAUGAUGCAGCUGUACAACGAGACAAACCGACAGCUCACACUUCUGCACAACAGCACCAACUCUCAGCAGACAGCCUCAGACAAUCUUGACUUGUGGAACAGAGUGAUACUGGAAGACACUCAGUCCACGGCCACCAUCUCAGAUAUGGAUAAUGAUUUGGAUUGGGAUGACUGCAGUGGGGGUAUGGCAAUCCCUGGUGAGGGUCAAGCACAAGGAUACAUAGGUGAAGGUUCUGAACCAGAAACUCGAUUUUCAGUGAAGCAGCUAGAGCCAUGGGGUAUGGAGUACAAGGAAGCAAAUCAGGUAGACUGGGAUCUUCCUGCCUCUUCUGAGCACAAGGUCACUGCUUCCAAUGAAUACCACGUAUCGAAUGAGGAAAGUGGACAGCUAAUUGUGAGCAAUAUUUGGGAUUCCAUCAUGAGAGAUAGCGACAUGCCAUCAUUAAUGUUGCCAGCCCCAUUAUAUAUGACAGAUUCAGAACAAAGCAAAUCGACGCCUGAAACUCCCAGCUCAUCCGAAAAAGUUAAGGACAGCCACAUCCCAGAUGUAUUAGAAGCCUCCGGAGCCAGUCAUUCAGAAGCACUUACACCUGAUCCUGACAGCCAGGUCACAUGGAGUGGAACCCCGCAGAGCGGUACAGCAGCCUUGACAACCAGGUUGGAGAAUCCAGGACAUUUUGCACAUUCAGAUCCAUGGGAAGGUCAUGGCUAUGGUCAAAGUGAAAGUGAGAAGGAAGCCCCUGGAGUCCGUGAUAGGCAGCGCCUUGGUGAGGAAGAGGUGAUAAGCUGUGAGGUGCAUAGUGCCUCGGGGAAUUCUGGAAAAGGGGAAGGUGACCAACAACUGUCUUCUCCAGUUGUAUCUGUACAUCGAGAAAUCUGUGAUGAGUCAGGAAAAAUCAGCUCUCUCUCAGUCACUUCCAGUCUCCAGGCUGAGGAACCAGAGGACCUUGGAGAGCAGGAAAAGGGAUCUUAUAAUCUGGACUCAUGUGAUGUGCAAACAGGAGCGUCUACAAAUGACCUUCAGAUGGACAAUAUCUAUGAAACGCACCCCUUAAACCACAGAAAUCCAAGCGAGGCUCCUGAAGUUUCCUGUAGUAUAAAUUUAACAGAAAAUGAAUCUUCAUGUGAAAUGGCUCCUGAGAAAACUGAAGAAGAUAAAAUUCUGGAUCCAGAGACAGUGAACGAAAUGCCACCUCAUGAAUUUCCCCAAAGCCUUCACAUUUGGGAUGGCCCUCUAGAGAGUGAUGUGCAGGUCAGUUAUACAAGUUCUGAGAUAACUGAGAAUCUUGAAGUUAAGAGUACUGAAAACAGCCUUCCAAGAGCUAGUUCCUUGGGAAAUUAUGACAAAGAGAGUAUUUCUAGUGAGUAUACACAUUCAAGCGUAUCGAGUCCUGACCUAAAUGAUUCUUCAGCUGCAUCGCUUUCCUGGGGCCAUGUACCCAGUACUCAGCAUCAGAAAGAAAAUCAAGAUAAUUGGUGUGAACAGAAUCACCAAGAAUCUGAAUUAAUUACCACUGAGAGCCAAGUAGAAGUAAUUACUGAAAUGAGGGACCUGGAGAAAAGCAGAGUGGAAGAGUUUGAAAAGAACUUUGAUCAUAAGGUUCCUAAAUUUUUAGAGAUUUGGAAUGACUCUGCAGAUGGUGAAUCCUUUUCUUCUUUAUCUAGCCCAGAAACAGGCAAAUAUAGUGAACAUUCAGAGGCAUAUCAGGAAGGAAAUCUAAUGGUUAGCCAUCUGGAGAAAAAUAUGCAUGACAUACCUGAAACUGUGCAGCCAGAGGACUCCAAGUUCUUGUCAAAAAGCUCAGGUUCUGAUGAUGAUAGUGUAAUUGAUGAAGAGUCAGCAGAGAAAGAGGCCACUUGCCAAGAUGCUAAGAGUGAAUCCAAAGACUGGGAUUCAUUGAAUGAAUCUAAUGAGUUCUUGGCCACAGCUGAUCUCAAGAUUCAGGAAUUUUCUGAAUCAGUAGGCAUUUCAGGACCAUCAGGAAAUGAGAAUAAGUGUAACACAUUCUCUGAUGAUCAGCAAAGCAGCCCUGAUCAUUGGAAUUUCUCACCACUAAAGAAUACUGAAAUACAGCUUACAACAGAGGAUACAGAGGCAAAGUCUUCUCCAGAAACAGAGAAAUCAGGAGAUACCACGUGGCAGAUAUCUCCCCAAACAGAACCAAAGACUGAAAAUAAUUCUACAUUGGAAAUGCUUGGCUCUCCAGUUGAGCGUGCCAAGUGCUGGAAUGAUGCCUUUCCACCAGAAGGUAUGCCAACUGAGAGCACAUUCAAAGGGGAACUGUGUAACUCAAGUGGUAUGUUAGAGAUGAAUUCAUCAGUAUGCCACGGUGUGGAUCCUUGGGGAGUACCCAUUCAGGGUGAUACUGAAUCCAUGGAAACACAUUGUACUAAUCCGUUCAGUGACAAACAUCAGUCACCCUUCCUAGAUAGUGAUGGGGAGAACUCCUGCGGUCAACUUUGGAACAUUCAACCAAGGCAGCCAGACUCAGUAGCUGAUCAGCUUACCCAGCUUGUAAUACUGGACCAGAUUAAAGAAAAAGAUCCAAGAGAGCAAAUCUCCAUGUCUUCUGCUGAUGAUGAGCUCACUUAUGAAACACAUGCACAAGAGAAAUGUCAGGAUACCAGGCCGUCAGCCUGGCAUCAGCAGGAUGCAACAUUUACUCACCCAGAUGAAAAUGAAUGUGUUUCAACUGUUGAGGGUCAAGAAACAAACUGGUGGGAACAAGAAAAAUCAUUCACCAGUGAAACUACAAAUUCAGACAUUGCCUCAGAAAAUGUCCCCGUGGUGGAUUCUUCCACCCAACUGAUAAAGAAGUCAAGCUCUGGAUGGAAUGACUCUAGUCCUAACGAGGGUCCUAAAGGCACAUUUGUUCCAGAUCUUUUACAUGGCAGCUUCCAAGAGGGUGGGCAACUGGCCUCAGCUUCACCUGACUUGUGGACAGAUGCGAAGCAACCCUUCAGCUUGAAGGCAGAUGGUGAAAAUCCUGAUAUACUGACUUACUGUGACCACGAUAGCAAUUCUCAGGCCUCCAAUAGCCCUGAUAUAUGUCACGAUUAUGAAGCAAAGCAAGAGACCGACCAGCACGGCAGUGCUUGGAUGGAACCUGAAGUAGAAUCCACUGAGUUAUGUUGCACUGAACCAAAGAUGAUUGAAGAACCCAGUCAUGAGCCCAGGCAGGAAUCUGGCCCGUACCAUUCAGGACUGUGUCCUGAAAAUGCAAUUCCACUGCCUCCAGUCAGCAAACAAACAAACAUAAAUGACUCGUCUCAGCCUGCUGCUCAUAAAAGUUCUCCUGAGUAUUCUGAAAUAAAGGGUGAAAGUAAUGAUACAGAUUUAAAAGCAUCAGAAAACGGAGCCUGGCUCAGUUUAGCACCAGCUUUGGAACCUGCUGACAAAACAAUCUCAAUGACUGAAAAUAUGGGAACCAGCAUUUUUGUAACUCACCAUGAGCCAGUCAUGGAUGACAAUAUCCCUCGGAUAUCGGAAGGCUUUUCUCCUGGAAGUCCUAGAGAUGCAACAGCUUUGGCGGACUGUGAGCAAACUUUUGCUACUGAGAGUCCUGCCGCUGUUACUGACAUUUUGCUAGCCUCUGACCCUUGUUUGGAUGUAAGCGAAGCUGCCUUUGACCACAGUUGCAGCGUCGCCUCAGGCCUCAACACUUCCACGGGAACGAUAGAUGACAUGAGUAAACUGACAUUGUCGGAAGGCAAUACCGAAACGCCAGUUGACGGGGAUGCAGGGAAGCAGGAUAUCUGUUCAUCUGAAGCCUCGUGGGGUGAUUUUGAAUAUGAUGUAAUGGGUCAAAAUAUUGACGAAGAUUUUAUGAAAGAGCCUGAACACUUUGUCUAUGGUGGAGACCCUCCCUUGGAAGAAGAUGCCUGGAGGCAACCGCUAGCGACAUACACACCUCCCUUUGAUUUGUCCUAUCUCACAGAACCCACCCACUGUGCUGAAAAAACAGAGGAAGCUGGGUCUCCCGAGGAUGAGUCUCUGGGGAGCGAAGUAGCACAGAUACUGCUUUCUGCCCUUCCAAACCGAAGAGGCGAGGAAAACCAUGCUGAGGCUGAAAACAGGCAGCCCGGAUCCCAGCUGGUAGAGCUGCACAUUUGGGAAGACACUGAGUCUAUUUCGUCACCUGUAAGAGCAGGAUUGAAUGUUGAGUUAUCUCCAUCAAAUGAUGUUGACUGGGAAGUAGAAACCGAUAAUUCUGACUCACCAGCAGGUGGAGACAUAGGAACACCAAAUGGUGCCAACAAGGAAUUAUUAGACUUGGAAGGAGAAAAAAUAAUUCCUACCAAGGACCCUGAGCAGAUAAAAUCUGAAUACAGGGAAGAAAGAUGCACAGAGAAGAAUGAAGAUCAUCAUGCACUACACACGGAUUACAUACUUGUAAACCAUGAAGAAAAUGCACCUCAGAAGCCAGAGGUCUGUGAAGCGAGAGAAAGCACAUCUGAAUUAGAAGGAUCUGACAAAGGUUCAGAAGUGGGGUCACCAGGAAUUCAGAUGGCAAGCUUCCCAGAGUUCCAUGAACAAAAAGACCAUUCUGUAGAGAGAAUGACUUCCAAAGACAAAAAGAGAUCAUCUCCUGAGAGCCCUGGACAAGACCAGAGUUGGAUGGUCCUGGGCCAUGGUGAGGUUGGUGAUGUGUCAUCAGAAGGGGGAACAAGUCAACUGGAAGCCAAGGGCUCAGGGUGGUGUGCCAAGGCCAGGGAGCCAGCCUCAGACCCCAGUCUGGGCAAGGAGCCCCAGACACAAGUUCUGAGAGAAAUGAAGUCUCAAGAGUCUUUAGCACUAGAGGAAGUCUCCAGUCUGGACAGCCAAUCAAGGAAGACCAAGCUCCAAGCUGGGGCUGGUCCGGAUGUCUUUACGUUGCAGGCUGUCACCCAUGACAAUGAGUGGGAAAUGCUUUCACCACAGCCUUCUCAGAAAAACUUGAUCCCUGAAAUGGAAAUGGAGGAGGAGACAGAGUUCCCUGAGCCCAGGAUAAGGAAACCAAGACCAAACGGACUACUGUCGGAGGAUGUAGGAAUGGACAUCCCCUUUGAGGAGGGAAUGCUGAGCCCCAGUGCUGCAGACAUGAGGCCUGAACCUCCUAAUUCCCUGGAUCUUCAUAGCGCUCAUUCUCAGAGAAUCAAGCUCACAGCCCCAAAUAUCAGUCUUUCUUUGGACCAAAGUGAAGGGUCUGUUCUCUCUGAUGAUAACCUGGACAGUCCAGAUGAAAUUGACAUCAACGUGGAUGAACUUGAUACCCCUGAUGAAGCAGAUUCUUUUGAGUACACUGGACAUGAGGAUCCUACAACCAACAGAGAUUCUGGCCAAGAGUCCGAGUCUAUUCCAGAAUAUACGGCGGAAGAGGAGCGGGAGGACAACAAGCUGUGGCGGACGGUGGUGAUUGGAGAACAGGAGCAGCGGAUUGAUAUGAAGGUCAUCGAGCCCUACAGAAAAGUCAUUUCUCACGGAGAGAAAAGAGAAGGUUGUCUUUCCUCUCCCAGCCCCGCCUCGGCCCACUCCAGACACUGGCUCGCAUGAACCUGCCUCUGGCUGCCCCCACCCUGGACGUUAGCGAGAUGCCACCUGCUCCUACACUUGAACAGCUUUGUGCUCUGUAGGUAAAGACAGCUCCGAUGUGACUUCUGAACUUACCAAAGCUUUGCCUUCUGUGUUUGAAGCUUAUACCACUCCUUAUGGAUGAGCAGUUAAUACCCCCUUCAUUACCAGCCUACUGGAUCUGUCAUCCAAGCUUCUGAUGAGCAUUUAAAAAGCCGCCCUCCAUGGUGAACACAGGUCUUGCUUUGGUCCUUGCAUUUCACUAUGAGGGAGUUUCCCCAUUCAGGCUAACAGGAAAGUGCCAACUGGACAGGGUUCUGUGAUUCUGGGGGUGAUUAAAUGAGUUGUGUAAGUGAGAGGCAAAGUCUGCCAAAAAUAGCCAGGUCCUGUCCAGUGCCCACACCAGUUGGGACUCCUGGUGCAUCAGAGCAGUAUUUGACCAAAUAAUUCAAUCUUCAUCCUUGUGGCAUCAAUAUGAGAUAUUGCCUGAAGCACUGUUUACAAUGUGGAAGCGUGUAAGAUCAGGGUUCAAGACCCUUCUUUGCCACUUGCCUAUCUAUGACCUUGGGUACAUUACUUAAGUUCUCCAAGCCUCAAUUGCUUCAUCCAUCAAAUGAGGGUGAUCUCCUGUGAGUGUCCACCUCCUCUGAACCCAUGAGCAAUAUCCCUGCCAUCUGCUCACAUGAAAAGCAAAGAGGAGUGUGGGUGGCUUUGAUCAGCCAAUAGUGUGAGUCACUUUGAGGCCACGACUGACUUUUUUUUUUUUUAAUUUGGAGCAAAGAACACAUUCAAAUAACCAAAGAAAACCAUGCCAAAGAGUUGUAACAAGGAGUUUCCUUUCUUGUUUUUUACUUCUCUUAUUUCAUUAUAGGAGAUUCAGGUAAUCUUCUCCACAGUGUUGAUGGAAAAAUGAACCAGGAAAGAAUGAGGAGAAGAGUUGCUUGCUGGUGUGUGUGUAUGUAUGUUUUGGUUGCAGCGGUGACAUCUUUCCCUCUCACUCCAUUCCAUUUGCUGACCAGCAAAUGUGUGUCGCAUCCCUUUCAUGCCUCUGUAUUCCACCGCAGGUAAGGUUUGCAUCUUUGCUUCAUAGGUUGCAGUAGGACCCAGGUGGGAUUACUCAUUGCACCUCAGAGCACACACCCUAAAUGCGUCUCAGGUUUAUUGAGAAUAGAGUGUAAUAAAGUAAAAAAUUUUAAAAGCCAGGCUUCAAGUGAAUUGUGCCAUUGCCAGCAAGCAACUUCACUCAAGUAAGGUACAUACUUUAAAAUAGAAAUUGAGAGUUUAACUGACCCCACGAAGGCAUAUGUGAGAGACAAAGAAAACAAUGGCCCUGUUCAUUCUCGUUACUGCACCCUGCCAGCCAUUCCUAUUGCAAAAUCCUGACAACAGUGAUACCAGCUCUUGAUUUAGGAGGAACGCUUUCACAUGGAAAUCCCUUUAUGUUUCUUUUCUCUUCCUCUCCUUCUGUUCUCUUCCUCUCUCUUUUGCUCCUUCCCUUUCUGCAACUCCUCUACCAAAAGUACAAAAGCCAUCUUCUUUUGUAAACUUCAGUAAAAUUUAUGAGAAGGGACAUUCCUCACCUAGACAGUGAUCAUGAAGUGGCAAGCUGGUCCCUAAAAUAUUCCUUUUUUAAAAUGAACUGGAGUGUUUGAGACACCACAGCACUACAAGAUCAGACAGCAUUGACACAAAGGGCUGAAUUUCCGUUUAAGAUGACUUCUGAAGUACUGUUCACAGACACCCAUCUUUCCAUUCUUUCCUUUAGGAAAAGGAAGUCCCCAGAAAUAGAAAAAGAAGUCCGAGACACCAAGCACCCUAAAGCCAGACAGCUACAUUUAGAAAGAUGCUUUUGAAAAGAAGCUUUCUUACUUGUUUUUAAGUCAGGUUCAUGAUGUCUGUCAUCUCUCUUAAUAUACCCAGUCGUGUUCCUUGUGUGGAGUAUGAAUCACGUAUCUUUGUGGUGUUAGGAUUAGUGUAGCUAAAUUGCCAUAUCCUGUUUGGAUUUCUGUUUAGAUAUGAAACUAAAUAAAAUUGUUUGGUGGAACAAGUAUUUUUUUGUAUUAUAAGAUAUUUCUCCCUGCCAUUUUCCUUCAUAUUGCAUUCUAAAUAGAAGUUGAUACAUACCUACAUAUUACAAGCCUAUUUCACAAACAUGUGUUGCAUUAGCUGUAUGCUUACAUAGGUAACAUCUAAAAUAUGUAGCAUAAACACUGUGUACAACAACCUCAAAUUAGUAAGACACGAAACCCAUAAUCAUGCUAUAUUUUUAGUUGGUUUCACUCUUUUCCCCUAUCUUUUUGCAGUAGCAUCAUACCCUCUAUCUUCAUUGAGAACAUCUUAUUAAACUGCUUUUCAGAAGUUAAGCCCAUCCAAAUCUGUAUGCAGCCAGUGUUUCACUGCCAUGGGUAAUCAACAGGAGGGACAAAAUUCUGAAAAAAUGAAACCGACCCAAGUACUGGGAGGACUGGAUCAGGCUUGAGGCUGUGUUCUGUCCUCCUACUCAAAGCUUUGAAGAAAUCCUAUUGAAUGAUUCGGAAGCCCAGAGCUGUGCCAUAUGACAGAAAUUGCAAAUGUUUAAAAAGGGAUAUUAAAAAAUUAAUUGCUUGCAUUCUUAAGUAUAGAAGUCACGUGAGAUUCCACAUACCCCGCUGUGGGACUUUGACCAACACUUGCCAUGUAUUUCAAAGAGAGCUACCAAGGAACACAAGAGCUUGUUAUCUUAAAAGAUGGGGCAUGUGGAACUGUAACCCAUAACAUACUUUGAAAUUUGCUCUGUAACUACUUAUUAGACUGUACUUUGAAAGGUAUCCCAUAUCUGUAUAUAUGCUAUAUUUUACAGUAAAAAAUGUUUAAAAAAAAUAAAGAUAAAUUCUCUCUCUCUCUAAAAAAGUGAUGGGGCAAAGCCAACAUUAUUUCAGAGCUUUCCAAAAAUGGAUAAAAUGUCCUUGGAUAUAUCUGCAUUCUCCUUGACCCUCACGAAUUUCAGUGGCCACACUUGCCUGCUUCUCCCAUCCCUCUUUUCUCAACACUAUGUUCCAAUAGUACCCCUCGCCCCAUGCUAGUAGGAAGCAGUUGUCAAGUUUUCCUCAAAAAAGUAGAAAGGCUUUCAUCAGGCCCUUCUUGAGUUUGCCUCUUAAGAGGCUGGGCCCUGAGCUCUGAGCUCAGUUGUUCUAGGCCUGCCCAGAACUUUCCAUGUAUCUCUGCUCUGCCUGUUGAAUCCAGGAAUCCCACGGGCACUAUAGGCAAGGGCACCAGUGAUCUUGAAAUCAAAGGUGAUUUACUCAUCUAUUCACCAGUAUCUGGUCAUGGGAGUGUGUGGGUCUGAAAAGAUACUACAGUUUAGUCUUAAUUUUCCCCCCAAAUUAACCAGAGCCUAAAACUAAAAUGAGCUAAAGAAGAUGACACAGAACCUCUUUCUUAGCCAUAAAAGGAAAGAAGUACUCUAUAGAUUGGUAUUUUAAAAAUUAUAUAAAUUAAUAUUAUAUAAAUUGGAAGCCCGUACGUCAAAAAGUGUUGCCCUCCUGUCCUUUGAUAGGUUGAGUGUUUAUACACCCCACUCAUGACUAUGGCCAACACAUAUAAUCAUCCAUAAUAUAAGUAUGUGUAUAUAUGUGUAGGCAAAUAUAGUUACACUGCAGAUUAAAGACUGUCUAACAUGCAUGUUAACCACUAAGGAUAAUUAUAUACAUACGUAUAGAAGUAUAUAGUUAAGACUACACAAUAUUUAUUUUAAGAUACAUCUAUUAUACCUAUACAUGCACACUUGCCAAGGCUUCCAGAUUUAUCCGUUAGGUUAAAUAUUAUCUUGUAAGAGCUUUCAAUUGGUUACAAAUGUCUUUUUGUUUG